UUAAAAGCCCCGGCCUUUUUAAGAGCAGCAUGUGUCAUCUCGGCUCGGUUCUCCAAAUAUCGCUCGUCCAGGAAAUCUAAGCACUGAGAAGGGACGUCGGAGCGCAAAAGUCGCGCUGUCUGCAAAACAACUUCGAGGCGAGACGCGCUGCUCCGCGGGCCUGCUCACUGACCGAGUGGAGAAAUAUUUGUAGAAGUUUGAAGUUCCUUGUCGGCUGGACUGGCAGGCGUCCGGUUCGAUCACAUUUAGAUUUUUGGGGAGGGGAAAGCAUCCGAUCUGUUGACAAUUAGCAGCGCGAGCGCACUGAUCGCGCGGCUGCUCUGUCUUUUUCGGCUGCAGUGAGACUUUUUUUAAUAAAAAAAAAAAUAAAAUAAAACGGUGUCAGUAAGACGUGAGAUGACCCUGUCUGGAGGCAGCGAACGAGCCAGCGACAUGUCCGGCCAAACUGUGCUCACAGCCGAGGACGUGGAUAUUGACGUAGUGGGCGAGGGAGAUGAGGAGGGCAUGGAGAGGGUGGACAGCGACUGCGACAGCCCAGGAGACGGCAUCUUGCACGACCUCCGGGGGGAAACGGGAGACGAGGAGGUGGAAGACGAGAUCGAGGUGGAGAAAGAGGAGAUGAGGUCCGGGGUAGGGAGUCCGUGCUGCGAGAGCGCAGGGGAGGCAGAAUCAGGCACCGGAAAAGGAGAGGGUCACGACCAGAGCGCAGCGCCAGGUGCGAUCCAGAAACCCAAGAGUAGCCUGGUAAAGCCGCCUUACUCCUACAUCGCACUUAUCACCAUGGCUAUCCUGCAGAGCCCGCAGAAAAAGCUCACCCUCAGCGGGAUCUGCGAGUUCAUCAGCAACCGCUUCCCUUAUUACCGUGAGAAGUUCCCGGCGUGGCAAAACUCCAUCCGUCACAACUUGUCUCUCAACGACUGCUUCAUAAAAAUCCCCCGGGAACCUGGUAACCCCGGCAAGGGCAACUACUGGACCAUGGACCCCGCUUCAGAGGACAUGUUCGACAACGGCAGCUUCCUCAGGAGGAGGAAAAGGUUCAAGAGAGUUCAGCCAGAUGUGCUCAGGGACCAGACUGCUCUCAUGAUGCAAAGUUUCGGGGCGUACAGUCUUGGAGGGCCCUACGGGAGACACUACGGUAUCCACCCGGCGGCGUAUUCCCAUCCGGCUGCUUUGCAGUACCCGUACAUCCCCCCUGUAGGUCCCAUGCUGCCCCCGGGCGUCCCUCUCCUGCCCUCGGCGGAGCUAAACAGAAAAGCGUUCAACUCUCAGCUCAGCCCGAGCCUUCAGCUUCAACUCAGUAGUCUCAGCACGGCGUCUAUGAUCAAAUCAGAGCCUUCAAACAGACCUUCAUUCAGUAUAGAAAAUAUAAUCGGGGUGUCCAGUGCCUCCUCUUCCUCGCCGGGCGCAGCUCAGGCUUUCCUGCGGCCUCCUGUCACCGUUCAGUCGGCCCUGCUGAGCGCGCAGUCCCUCUCUCUGACCCGGACCUCAGCCGCUAUCGCGCCCAUCCUCAGUGUACCUUCAAAUAUUAUUUCUGGACACGUUUUACCCUCAGCGACGGCGGCGGCAGUGUCCAAAUGGCCUUCACAAUGACUUCAAACCGAAGAGAAAGCAAACUCUUAUUUUUAUAUAGAGACAUUAUUACUGGGAAGUGUGAAAAGCACAAAUUUAUAGGCAGCACUGGACUGUAAAGCCAUGUAAAGACUGUUGAAAAACAGAGAACAAAAAACGAAAAAGAAGAUUUUUUUCUGUACAGGUAAUAUUUGUAAAUAUUUGUAUAAAAAAAAAGACAAAUGAUUUUGCCAGUUUGACUUUUACCUGUUCCUUUCUCCCCUUUGUUCCUGUUUGAGAUCUGUGGUAAUUAUUUUACGUUUUUUUCUCCUUUCUUUUUGUAACAGAAGCUCAACUGGACAUAGUUACUUUGGCUUCUUUUUCAUACAAGACACAAAACCUCUGGAAAAAAAGAGACUGUUUAUAAUAAUAAUUUUAAAAAAAUACAAAUAUAUGUAAUUCUAUGUAGCUAUAUUGUGUUGUAAACUGAAUUUAUUUGUAAAUAAAUCUAAGAAAGAAUUAA